CUGUCUCGUGACUGUAAGGUAGAGGUACAGAGGAUCCUCCACCAGAGGGCGCUAGAUGUGAAACUAGACCCUGAUCUCCAGAAGCGCUGUUUGACUGACCUGGGGAAGUGGUGUAGUGACAAGACUGGCACGGGACAGGAGUUGGAGUGUCUGCAGGACCACCUGGAAGACCUGCUGUCAGGGUGUGGUGAGGUGGUGGGCAACCUGACAGAGCUGCAGUCUGAGGACAUUCAUAUUGAGGCCCUGCUGAUCCGGGCCUGUCAGCCUGUCAUCCAGUCUCACUGCCAUGAUGUAUCUGAUAACCAGGUGGAUACAGGGGAUGUGAUGGAGUGUCUGGUUCAGAACAAACACCAGAAGGAGAUGAACAGCAAGUGUACCGUGGGAGUGACACACUUCCAGCUGAUCCAGAUGAAGGACUUUCGUUUCUCCUACAAGUUCAAGAUGGCGUGUAAAGAGGACGUGCUCAAGCUCUGCCCCAACAUCAAGAAGAAGGUGGAUGUAGUGAUCUGUCUCAGUACUACAGUGAGGAAUGACACUCUGCAGGACGUCAAGGAGCAGCGUGUCUCUCUCAAGUGUCGGAAACAACUCAGAGUAGAGGAGCUGGAGAUGUCAGAGGACAUUCGUCUGGAACCGGAGUUGUAUGACGUGUGUAAGACGGACAUCGGGCGGCUCUGCUCCAACGUGGUGUUCGGUAGCGCUCAGACGAUGGAGUGUUUAAAGGACAGGAAGAAGCAGCUGUCUCGGCAGUGUCACCAGAGGGUGUUUAAACUACAGGAGGGAGAGAUGCUGGAUCCAGAACUGGACUACCAGCUCAUGAGGGUCUGCAAGCAGAUGACUAAGCGGUUCUGUACAGAUGUGGAUGCUAAGAACAUGCUGCAGUGUCUGAAACAGAACAAGAACUCUGAACUGAUGGAUCCCAAGUGUAAACAGAUGAUCACCAAGAGACAGAUCACACAGAACACAGACUACAGGUUGAACCCAAUAUUGAGGAAGGCCUGUAAGGCAGACAUCCCUAAAUUCUGUCAGCCAAUCCUGAACAAGGCCAGUGAUGACAGUGAACUGGAGGGCCAGGUGAUUGGUUGCCUGAAGCUGAAAUACGCCGACAAGCGUCUGUCUCCAGACUGUGAGGACCAGAUAAGAGUGAUUCUGCAGGAGUCGGCUCUGGACUACAGACUGGACCCCCAGCUACAGAUCCACUGUGUUGAGGAGGUGAGGAGUACCUGUGCUGAGGAGGCAGUGGCCCAGGAGCAGACAGGUCAGGUGGAGGAGUGUCUGAAAGCCCUGUUGAAGAUCAAACAUGACUUGUGUAAGAAGGAGGUGCUGAACAUGUUGAAGGAGAGCAAGGCAGUCUUCGUUGAUCCUGUCCUCCACACGGCCUGUGCCCUUGACCUCAAACACCAGUGUGCUGCUGUCACGCCGGGCAGAGGACGCCAGAUGGCAUGUCUACUGGAGUCGUUGCAGGAUAAGAGAGUCCGUCUGCAGCCAGAGUGUAAGAAGAGACUCCAGGACCGCAUGGACAUGUGGAGCUACGCUGCCAAGGUCGCUCCAGCAGAGGGUUUUUCAGACCUUGCCAUGCAGGUGAUGAUCUCCCCCUCUAAGAACUACAUCCUGUUUAUAAUCUCCCUGGGGGUGAUUGUCCUCUUCCUGGUCGGCCUGCUGUGUGGACGCAUCACCAAGAGAGUCACCAGGGAAAUGAAGGACAGGUAGAGAGGGGGGGAUGAACGGACCUCCGUGGGACAGACGGACCUCCGUGGGACAGACGGACCUCCGUGGGACAGACGGACCUCCGUGGGACAGACGGACCUCCCUGGGACAGACGGCCCUCCCUGGGACAGACGGCCCUCCCUGGGACAGACGGCCCUCCCUGGGACAGACGGCCCUCCCUGGGACAGACGGCCCUCCCUGGGACAGACGGCCCUCCCUGGGACAGACGGACCUCCCUGGGACAGACGGACCUCCCUGGGACAGACUGACUCCCAAAUGGUACUAUUGCCGAUAUAGUGCACUACUUGUGACCAGAGUCCUGUGGGGGUCCUUCACACCUGGACCUGACAUCACAGAACAAUGUCAAUGUUGUCAUCUCCUUGGUCCACUUCAUCAACUGGCUUUGUGUGAGAACUAACUCUAUGGGUCUCUGGUCAGAAGUACUGCACUAUGUAGGGAACUGGGUUCCACCUGGUAGGCAGAAACAGACUGUCUCUUCCAAAGGCCCAACUAAAAAAAAACAGCCCGGGCUUGCCCCAGCCACCUCCGUCCCU